CGGUGGUUAUCGCGGCGCUAGAAGCCGUAAGCCCAAUGUUACCGUCGUCAUCCGUAAGUGAAUAGGAAAUCGAUCGGAUCGGCCGUGAUGGAGGGCAGCGUGUCCAGAAUCGAGUCCGGAAUUGCACCAGAGCUGUACUUCCUGAUCGUUAAGUUUCUCGAAUCGGGCAUCUGUCCGGAGGCCGCGACGAUACUGAAGCGGGAACUAGAGCGUACUGAGGUAUUACCGGCGCGUAUCGAUUGGGAGGGCAACGUGCAUAGUCAGUCGUUUGAGGAGUUGGAAAAGAAAUAUCCUCACAUUGGAUCAACUUACUUGUUGCAAAUAUGUGCCAGAAUCGGACCAGUGUUGGAAAAAGAAGUGCCACCAUGCGUUCAUGGAGUGAUAUCACUUCUGGGAGCAGGCAGACAAUCCUUGCUGCGUACCCACGAAGAUUCUACGCGCCAUACAUACAACAUUUUCGAUUAUUCCGGAAGAUUCGGUGGAAAACCUUUUCUAGAAUUGGCCGGUAGCUUAUCAGUGCCUAAUAUAGUACGUGUACUUCAGGGACGUGAAAAUUCUGGCCCUUUGAGUCGGACACAAGCUAUACCAACAAGGUUUUACAGCAAAAUGAAGUUGUAUCGGCAUACGUUGGGCCAUUUAUCUGCGGUGUACUGUGUGCUGUUUGAUCGCACUGGUACAUACAUCAUAACGGGAGCGGAUGAUUUACUUGUCAAAGUUUGGAGUUCCAUCGAUGGACGUUUGCUCGCCACUUUCCGAGGCGCGUCCGCGGAAAUUAUGGACAUUGCAGUGAAUUUCGAUAAUACUUUGUUAGCAGCGGGAAGUUUAGAUCGAAUAAUACGGGUCUGGUGUUUCCAAUCAAUGUCACCUGUGGCAGUUUUAACCGGGCAUUCAGGCAUGAUUACGUCCAUUAAUUUUUGUCCAAUAGUAUGUAAUGAUGUUUAUUAUUUAGUUUCUACUAGUACUGACGGAUCCGUAGCCUUUUGGUCUCAUACAAAGAAAUCGAAUGAAAGAGCAGUAUUUCAUACAAAGCCCAUUCAAUACCACGAAAAAAUGAGGCCCGGUCAAGCACAAAUGAUUUGUGCCUCCUUCAGUCCCGGGGGUGCAUUUAUGGCAGCUGGCUCCGCAGAUCAUAAUGUAAGAGUUUACGCAAUGUUAGGGGACGAAGGACCACGCAGAGUCCUCGAGAUCGAGGCGCAUUCUGACACAGUUGAUAGUAUUCAAUGGGCGCAUAGCGGCUUAAAAUUUAUUUCUGGUUCUAAAGAUGGUACUGCAAAUGUAUGGCAUUUCGAGCAACAGCAAUGGGUACAUAAACAGCUGCUCAUGACAGCAAAGCUCCCUGGAGAACCAGAAAUGGAAGAUGAUACAAACAAAAAGGCGAGAGUAACCAUGGUUUGUUGGGACGUGAGCGAUGAAUUUGUUAUAACGGCAGUGAAUGAUUACACGUUGAAGGUGUGGGGUGCAAAGUCGGGUGAACUGAUGAAGGUUUUGCGGGGACAUAAAGACGAGGUUUUCGUAUUGGAAUCGCAUCCAAUAGAUCCUCGAAUGAUUCUUAGUGCUGGUCACGACGGACAACUUAUUAUUUGGGACGUAUUAAAUACGGAACCGAUGGUGUGUUUCCAAAAUUUUGUUGAAGGACAGGGCAAUUGUGCCAUUUUUGAUGCAAAAUGGUCUCCUGAUGGCACAAAGCUCGCCGCAACAGAUUCUAAUGGACAUCUUUUGAUGUAUGGAUUUGGAUGUGGAGUAGAGAAACUAAAAAUCGUACCAAAAGAAUUAUUUUUUCAUACGGAUUAUCGACCUUUGAUAAGAGAUGGAAAUAAUUAUGUUCUUGAUGAGCAAACACAAACGGCGCCGCAUUUAAUGCCGCCACCAUUUUUGGUAGAUGUAGAUGGGAAUCCAUAUCCGCCAGCAUUGCAGCGAUUAGUACCAGGAAGAGAAAAUUGUAGAGGCGAGCAAUUGGUACCAAAUAUUGCAGUUGGUGCCGGCGGCAUGCAAGAAGUUAUAGAAGGUCUUCCAGAACAAGAGCCAAGAUCGAACAUUGAUCGAUUGAUUGAGGCUCUUGCUCAGAGACAAAAUAUCAAUGUGGAUGGAGAAGCUGCCGGUGCUGGUGAUGAUAGAGAGAAUAACAUCGCGGAACAACCAAUCCGUCAAAUAGCAAGUCCUCGCGGUAGUAGAGCUGGUUUGAGGAGAGAGGGUAAUGUUGAAGGUGUUCGGCAAAGCAGUGGUAAUUGGCAAAGAGAUAAUACUACUCCAUGGAACAAGCCUAUGCUCGCGCGUCCCAUGAAUCCAGCUGUAAAAGAGACUCAGUUUAAAAUGAUUCAAGCAAUGGCUGAUAUGGAAUUAGAUAGUUGGCGGCGAGAAAUGCGACGGCGACCACAGCCUACCUCGAGCACUGCCACUAAUCAAGGCAAUAUAGGAAAUAAACUUUUAAAUCGCAAACGUAAUAGAACUAGGCACGGUUAUAGAACUAGAGCAACGCGCGAUGAAGAAGAUGACGAUGAAUAUGAGAAUCUUGAUAACGCUGGCACAUCAGCGAGUUCAGCCAGUAGCAAUAGCAACGAUUCCACCGCUCACGAGGAGGAUAUGUGUUCCGAUAGCACUACAGAAUCCAGUACUGAAUAUUCUGAUUGGAUUGCGGAUCACGGACUGAAUUUGGAGCCUCCCAAACGCAGUAAACGGAAACCUGUGAAAAAGCGAUCUGUUACACCCCCAAGUGAGACGGACAGAAGACGCAGUAGGCGUCCUAAGAAAAAACAGGGAAUACAAAUAGCUAAUGGUAUUCGUGAAGUUCCUGAAAUUUAUCGACCUUCAGAAUGGCUUACCGAAGUAAUACCGAGGAAAGCUCCUUAUUAUCCGCAGAUGGGCGACGAAAUAGUAUAUUUCAGACAAGGUCAUAAAUUCUAUUUAGAUGCAAUUAGGAAUAAAAAGAUUUAUGAGCUUAGUCCGCGGUGCGAGCCAUGGACCAAGAUAAAUAUUAGAGCACAAGAGUUUGUAAAAGUAGUGGGUAUUAAAUAUGAAAUACGACCGCCUCGUUUGUGCUGUUUGAAAUUAGCAUUGAUGGAUGAGGACGGUCGACUUAGUGGACAGAAUUUUACUAUCAAGUACCACGAUAUGGCCGAUGUGUUAGAUUUCCUCGUGUUGCGUCAAACCUUCGAUAUGGCGUUGGCACGAAGUUGGUCUGAGGGAGAUAAAUUUCGUUGUAUGAUCGACGAUGGUUGGUGGAUGGGACAGAUUGUUGGAAUGGAGCCAUUAGAUGAAGAAUUUUCAGAAUCAUUAUUUAUGUGCUUCCGCGUCAGAUGGGACAAUGGGGAAUAUGAACGAAUGAGUCCUUGGGAUCUUGAGCCUGUUGAUGAAGAUAUUCGUUUAGGAGUCCCCGUAGAAAUUGGUGGUGCUGUUCCCGUCUUACCGGAAGAAAGACAAGCGAUACUAUAUCAACCUCACGCGGAGGAAUGGCCGAUGGGUGACAGAGAAGCGACAUGUCGCCGAAUUAUCCGAGGCUUGGAUCAAGUAAUGAGUCUUGCAAUUGCAGAACCAUUCGUGGUACCAGUGGAUCUCAGUCUUUAUCCAACUUACGCUUAUAUUGUUGAAUAUCCAAUCGAUUUGUCGACUAUAAAGGCUCGUUUUGAAAAUCAUUUCUACAGAAGAGUUACGUCAGCACAAUUUGAUGUUAGAUAUUUAGCAACGAACGCUGAACAAUUCAACGAACCACACAGUCAUAUAGUGAAAAAGGCAAGAAUAGUCACUGACUUGUGUCUGCGUAUAAUAAAAGAAACUACUGAUGUGGAUGUCCCGGCAGUGUACCAUCAAUUAAAUGAUACAUACCACUCCUCCGAGUCGGAAGAAGUAGACGUUGAGAGACCCUCAACCAGUAAAGUAAGGUCUAAAAGAAAAUGUUCACUUUUGCAAGAGAUUUCAAAAGACUGGAAGCUGGCUAGUCGCUAUUUGUUGGAGACCCUGUGGCAGUGCGAAGAUUCAAUACCUUUUAGAGAACCGGUAGACACAUUAGAACAUCCAGAGUAUCAUCAAAUAAUAGAUACACCGAUGGACUUGCGUACCGUUAAAGAAGAUUUAUUAGGCGGCAAUUACGAGACGCCAGCGGAAUUUGCGAAGGAUAUGAGAUUGAUAUUUUCGAAUAGUAGGAAUUAUAAUACCAACAAACGUUCCAAGAUAUAUUCGAUGACAAUAAGACUUUCGGCCAUGUUUGAGGAGCAUAUGCGUAGGAUACUUACAAGUUGGAAAUCAGCACAUAAACUAUCUGAAACUAAGAAAACGAAACCAAAAGGAAAGAAGAAGCAAAAGAAGAAGAAAAAGAAAACAAAUUUAAGUAAUGGAACUGGACCUUCCAAAUCAAAAUCUACUCUUAGCGAUGAGGACGAUAUAGACAGUGACGAUUACGACGACGAGGAGUUGGGUAAAGAGCAGAAAAAGAAAAAUUUUGACAUAUCUGCACCUGGGCCAUCACGUAUGACAAACGGUCACACGAAACGGUCUAAUUCCGGGCCGUCUCGGCCAAGGCUGAAAUUGCGAAUCUGCCGAUCAACCGUGUCGAAAAAGUUGAAGGAUAGUGAUAGUGACAUUAGUGACUCUGAAGUAACAACAGACACUGAUAGCAGUAAUAGUGCCCCAGUCCGAAGAACUAGAGCAAGAACAGCAAUACCCAGUGUUAGUGUUGAUACCGAUUCUGGAGACGAUUACACGCCUGGCGGUCGUAGCAAGCAGGUUCGCAAAAAUCGCGGCAAAAAUAUUAAGAAUGGUAAGCAAUCCAAAUCUAAAGUGAAAUUGAAUGUUGUUGCAAACGAUGACGACGACGAUGACGACGAGGAAUACGUUGCGGAGAGCAAGAUAAUCGAAGACAACGAAGAUGAACUUGCGCUGGAAUUUUCAGAAGAGAGCGAAGAGGAAAAGAUCAUCAAAAGAGAUACUAGGUCACGAAAGUUAGUGUCUGAGAAUGUGCAGAACGUCCAAAAAUAUACUGCUAAUAAUGGGAAAAAUGAUAAUAGCGACAGCGAGAGCGAAGAUGACAAUGAUGAAGAACAAGAGGAACCAGAAGAGGAGGAAGAAGAAGAAGAGGAAGAAGAGCAGCCACAAUUACAACGUAAGACUAAUAGUCAAGACUCAGAGGACAGUGAUUAUUCUGACAAAAAAUACAGAUCGUCGCGUUCGAGCCGUCGAAAGCCGCGCAGUUCUAUGGAAUCAGAGGACACGAGGCAACAUUAUGGCAGCAGCAGACGAUCCUCAGCUCGGAAACGUCCUUAUUACAAUGAGGAUAGCGACGACAGUACCAUGAUGCCGGUAAGAAAUCGGCGUAAGAUCAAGCGUCGCUCGUAUGCUGAGGAUAGCGAUGAGAGCAUGCCAGAGCCUGGCAUUAGUAUAAGUAGUCGAGGUCGUAUACGUAAAAUGACACCGCGCGCCCGCGCUUACCUUUUAGAAUCGCCCUAACGGCAUCUCUAGAUAAAAAUGACAUUAAAAGAUUAAUAAGGAUUUUAAAGACUGUAGUGUGUGCUGCGUAUUGAAAACUCAGAUCAUUAUCGCUCGAAGAAAUUGUCCAAAGAUGGAAUUUUUAAUCGUUCUUCUUGAUCUUGAGGUUGUCUCGACGCUUGCUCCGUCGGCGCUUUUCCAUAAAGUAUGGAAAUGCAAUGCAACAUGAAUCUCCGACAGAGACACUCUGAUGUAGUCUUAGGAGAUAACGCAGUGGAAAUUGGAGCGAGAUACUUUAUUUAUAGUUUUUUCUCCUACGCUCUUGAUUAAGAUUACCUGUAUAAAAUAUUACAAUUGUCAUAGAGCGAACCGUAUCGGACGCUUCUGCGUAAGUACUUCUAUUUUUAUGAAAUAGCUUGAAGAAAGUGUUCUUUUCUUUUUAUAUUGACCUGUACUGUCGAUUUGGACAAUGCAUUGGCUCUAUGGUACAAACAGUGUGAACAAAUACAUGAUAUUUUGAUCACUCUACCGUUUUAUUUGCAGGUUCAACCAAAUUAAAUAACGAUAGGCAAAUCUAUAUAAAGUUCCAUUUAUUCUAAAAAAGAUUAUAUCGAAAAUUCUAUGUAUAAUCGUGUUGUUGUACAGGUAUAAUGAUUAUCUUGUUAAUCAUCUUGAAAGUGUAGAAACAGUACAGUCUUCGCGAAAAAAUGUAAGUCUAUGCUUAUAUCGAUUGCUUCCAUCGAUUUCAAAAGUUUAGUUGACAAAUGAAAUUUUAAUGCUAUGACUAGAAAAAGGAAAAUCGUGUUAUUUUAUAAAACAGUUUUCAGUCUCAUUAAAGCAACAAAGGUUGAACAAUGCACUUAUGAAAUUUAUCAAGUUAUCGUUUUAAUAGUUCUUCAUAUUAUCAUUGUAAUAGUUAUUCAUUGAGAGUUGAGCUCAAAGGACUCUUAUUUCUUCACUGCAGUGAUAUUGAACAGAAAAAAAAUUUUUCGAUUCAUGAAUAAAUUAAAUAAAUAGCUAACUAUAGAUCUUUAUAAUUAAAAAUAGCUAUAAAUAGCUAUACAAUCAUUUGUUCCAUCAUUUUCGUUGGAAGUAUAGAACAUUCGAGAAGAGAAAAAACCUUUAAAAGCCUUUUUAAUUAUACUUUAUAUAUUUUUAAUAAUUUUGAUUUUUGUUCAAUAAAAUUUUGAUGUAACAAUUCAAGAUUUCUCUUGAUGUAAUUUAAAAGAACUGCAAUGAGACAAUUAAGAGUGUGCAAAUUUCUAAACAUGUUUUGAAGAACAUGAAUUAGUAUUUAUUUUAUCUACGAACAAUUUUCAAGAAAAAAACGUAAUAUAAUUAAACGUGAAUUUUUUACCCGAGAAAAAGUUCUAUAUACUUUGUUAUACACAAUGGUUACCUCCUUAGACAGCGGACUUAUAAUUUGCAUUUUUAAGUUAUAUUAAAUAACGUGACAUGUGCGAUAGCGACAACGAUUUGUUGUUAGCAUACGAAAAGAAUUGAUUUUAUUUCCUUGAAUGUGAUGAACAAUAUUUGGGAGUACAACAAGGCAUCUUUAUUAUUUUCUACUCUUCUUUUUUUCCUUUUUCUUCCUCCUUUUCUCUUUGCGAAUCCUGCCAGCGCUAUUUUUGCUUCUCACUUAAGUUUAUCGCACAUCAUGUGUAGAAAAGUGAGUCCGCGUGCGUGUAAAUAUAUUGUAUCCAUUCGAGAAUAAUUUUUAUUUCUUCUUAAUAUUGAUGUUGCAUAAGACGAAUUGUGUAUAUUAUGAUCUGUAGUUUGCGCGUGAAAUAACGAUUUUUUACAUAGAAUUUAUACAUCUGUUACGGAUUUAAGAAAGUCAUGCAAUUUUAGAAUUUUUCACGAAGGCAAAUAGAGAUGUUUUUCAGAUUUAUAUGACGCGAAUUUGAAUGGAUCACGCAUUACACGUAGUUGUAUAAAUGAUGAUACAGAAGACAGUUGUGUCGCCAACAGCUAACAUCGUUUAUCAGGACACAUGCACAAACAUCAGAAGUCUUGACUGUCUCGAGCCAUUGUGAUAUUAGUUUAAGAAUAUUAAAUAUAUGAUAAUGUAAAUUAUCAAUAAUUAGGAUUAUAAUGAAUAUUUUUUUAAUGACCUACAUAAGAGUCAUAUCACAUGUAGAUUCAAUAAUGCAUCUAGCCUUGGAUUAAUAUUAAUUUAACGAUGUUAACUUUGGUCUCACUCUUAAUAAUACAAUAACUGAUAUAUACUUCACGUGAUGAACAUCCAGGAAUAUAAUUUCAUGUAUAUAUACUCCGUCAAAGAUGCAGAACGUACACAGGACUUAAUAUAAAGUAACUAUGUUUUAUGUACAGUUUGACACUUAUCCUGUUGUGAAAUCAGCGUGCUCUAUUAUAUACAAUACGGUUUUUUGAAACCCACCGCCACCAAUAAAAAGAUUAAAUUAUUUUA